AUGGAAUCUUUAUCAAAACAAGAAUUAAUUUCAACAAUAACUAAACAAGCAGAUCAAAUAAAACGAUAUGAAGGACGUCUAAGAGAUGUUGUUGCUGCAUAUAAGGGUCUUGUAAAAGAAAAAGAAGCCUUAGACAUUAGUAUAAAGGCAUUAUCUAGAACAGACGUCAAUGUGGAAGCAUCACAAGACUCCAUAGCAGCUUUGACUUUAUCUCUAUCAACUUUAACUGCUGAGAAGACUCGCAUGGAAGAGGCUUUUCAAGCUGAUAAAAAAGUUACCAGAGAAAAGUAUGAGGGUAUGUUAGCUUCUAUGCGAGAAGAAACAAAGUCAUUAGUACAAAAUCAUGUAGCAGAAAUUGCUAACUUAAGAGCUAAAAUUGCUUAUGAAAUACAAGAAAGAGAGAAAGAAAGAGCUGAUUAUGCGGCAAUGUUAAAGGAACUACAUGUGAAAUUAAAUAGUGAAAGAAAGACCAAGGAGAAAUUAGAAGAUAAAGUGGUUCAUAAUUCAGAGGCUCAGGCGUCCCGAACAGAACUCGAGAAGAGAGUGCGAGAUUUAAACAGUUCAUUGGAAGCGUCUCAAAGGAAACUCCAAAGGGCUGAAUCGCGUAGUGUUGAAACUCCCGCGCUGUUGGUGCGAUUGCAGCAGAAGUUGGCGCUUCUGGAGCAAUCCCACUCGAUCGCGAUUAGGGAGGAGCAAAUAAAAGCGAAACGUGCAGAAGAAUCAGCUCGCAAGAUCUGUGCACGCCAAGAAGAGAGAGUGGCGCUGCUAGAAGGAAAGUUAGCUGAGUUGUCGCAGACCAUAGGAGAAUAUGACCUGAUGAAGAGAAGAGAUCAGCAGACUAUACAGCAGUUGAGAGACUCGUUGAAUGGCAGCUUGUUGAAUAAGAUGGCCACUAGUGGGAAUGAUGAAACCCAAAUAAGUGAAACAGAUAACGAAAAAUUAGCAGACAGCGAAUAUCUCCAUACACUCAUAGACAAGAUACAUAUUUUGAAAAAGGAACUCAUAGCUGAAAACGAAAAACUCGGAAAUCCCAUAGACAUUUCAACGGUUUUCAAAAUUGACGGAUACGAAAAUGCCCAUAGUAAAUGUAGAGCGGAAUUUGAAAAUUUGAAAAUGGAAUUCGAAAUGUUUAAAAAUAAUACCAAAUCGAAGGAGAGUGGAGAAGAUGUUGAUGAUUUGAAAAAUGAAAUAGAAAUGAUGAGAGAGAAAAUGGAGAAUUACAGACUGAUGCUAGAAGAGGAGAAACAGGAUAAGCUUGAUUCGCUUAAAUUAUAUGAAGAGAAAUUAAAAUCUGAAAAGGAUUACAAUAAAGAAAUAAUCGCCGAUCUCAAAACUAGAAUACAAAGUUUGGAAAAACAAGUGCAGACGCAAAGGGAUAGAUACGCGACGUUGUUGGAGGAAACGGAUAGCUAUAUACGUGCGAGAAACGACAGGUCGAGGAAAGUUAGUAUGGAAGAUGGCGGUUGGAAAGAGAAUACUGUGUUAAAUGACAAUUCAGCUCCUCCGCACAUGCUGCACUACGCACACGAACUGGCUCGAAAGGACCUGGACAUAACGCAGUUGAGAAGAGAAAAACAUAUAUUAGAAGGACAAUUUAGAGACUGCCAACGUGAAGCGACAAUUGACAAAGAACGCUUCAAAGAAGUAAUAAGAACAUUGAAAGAAGAAAUUGAUAGAUUACGAAGAAUCCAAUCACGGGAGGGUGCUAACUUAGAAUAUCUAAAGAACGUGGUAAUGGCGUACAUAUUGUCUGCAAAUUACGCCAGUCGCAAGCACAUGUUGAAUGCGAUAGCCGCAGUACUACACUUCACUGAUUCUGAACGUCAAAUUGUAUUUAACAAUUUG